CAGCCCCUGACGAAGAAGGGGCUUUAUCCGUAAUUCCAUAAAGAUUCGUGCCUCUUUUAGUUAUAUUCGAUUUUCGGAUAACCUUCUACAAAGAAAAACCAAACCCUAGUUUUGGUCAUCGUCAAUCGCCGCCGCCUCUUUCAAUUUCCACCUUUUAUUCUUUUUUUCCUCCAUCCAUCGAAACCCAGCGCUUCGAUUCGCCUUUCCUUGUUAGAUCUGCUUUUGUUUCGUCCUCCUCUACACAUCGAUCCCAAUUUUUGCCGUUUCCGUCUUCUCUUUACGUUUCUCGCCUUAGGUUUUCGUCGAAGCUCCGAUCCUUGAGUUUAAUCGGAGAUCUGUUCGUUCCGAUUCCUGUUUUGGUUUUGGUUUUUUGUUUUCGACUUUUUUUUAAUUUGUAAAUUAUCUUUAAUCGUUUGAGCGGCUUAGAUCUGGAUUCUUUUCUUGGUUCGCCUGGGGUUGUUUAAUCUAUCGAUUUAUCGUAAAUCGUCGUUCCCGAAUUGUCCAAUUUUGUGUUUCUGGUGGAUUAGUGGAAAUUAGGGUUAGGGUUUCUGCAUAUUAGGGAUUUUAUUUUUUUUUGACCAAAAUAAAUUGGGGGAAAGUCAAAUUUCUCGGAGUAAUCGCGAUUGUUCGGCCAGUUACCCGUAUAUCCGAGCUCCGUUUUCCGAUUCGUCUAUUGCUCCGUUGACUCGACGUGUAUUUUUGAGAUCACAAUUUGUGCUGCCGUUAAAAUGGUACAGAAACAAUCUUUUGAUGAUGGAGAACCACUUGAGAUCUCUUCCAAGCACUUGAAACAAGUGGUCGAACAGAAUAAUCAAAUUCUGUCAUUUUCAGAAUCUGUUCUCCCUGAAGAUUCUCUGCAGUAUCAUUAUGCUUUAGGGGACGAAUUUACAAAGAAUGAUACAGAAAGUGACGAAAAGCAUUCAAGUGGAGUUUUCUCAGAGCCCCAUGGCAGCAGUGAUGACUUUGAUACUAGUGGUGUGCCUGGCUGCAUAUCCUUCUCUUCUGGCACGAACAACAAUAAGGCCCUUGAAGAGGGGUCCCCAUCUAAAUCUCCCCUUCAUUAUUCUAUUUCCUCUGAUUUUUUUAACCCUGUAAAUCAUCAGCGAAGAAUAUUGACGUACUGUGAAGAAAUCUAUUCAUUACUAUUGGACCACCCUCCUCAAAAAUCUGUUUCCAUUGGUCCCGAUCAUCAAGCUAUUGUUCCACCUUUGAGAUCACGAGAUGUGGAGGUUAUGUCAUAUAUCCCUGGAUCAGCAUCAAAGUCCGAUCUUACAGUUGAUGAAUACGAAAAGAGGGUGAUUGGUACUUGUGUUAUUCCAAUGCCAGAUGUGGACUCUGAAAUCAUUUGUGGUCAAGAAGUUGGAAGUGGAAGAGCAGCUUGUAACUGUGAGGAUAAUGGGUCUGUGGGAUGUGUAAGUACGCACAUUGCUGAUGCAAGAGAGCAACUUAAAAAUUCUAUCGGACCAGAAAGAUUUAAGGAGCUAGGUUUCUAUGAAAUGGGAGAGCAAGUAGCGCAGAAAUGGAGUGAAGAAGAAGAACGGUUAUUUUAUGAGGUCGUCUUUUCUAAUCCAGUCUCACUGGGGAAAAAUUUCUGGAGUGAUCUUUCCAUUGUGUUUUCUUCUAAAUCUAAAAAGGAAAUUGUUAGCUAUUACUUCAACGUCUUUAUGCUUCGAAGACGAGCAGAGCAGAACAGAUGUGACUCGUUAAACAUCGAUAGUGACAAUGAUGAGUGGCAAGGGACUGAUGAUUAUGGUGAUAAUGAACUUGGAAUGACAGAGGAGGAUGAUGACUCUGUUGUUGAAUCACCACUGCAUGAAGUUGGACCUGUUUUUGAUCAUGGCAGGGAAGGUGGUUUGCAGGAGUAUGAUGAGGAUAUUGCUGACGAAAGAUUUCAUGAUAAUGAAAGUGGUGGAAUUGGUAAUUGUUUUAAUAAUUGUGGUUCCAGUCCCACGCAUCUGGACAGAAUUCCUUGUGAUAUAAGGGGAGGAGAACACGAAGUUCAAGACGAUUCGUGCACAUCAUCUGACACAGGUCCUGCAGCCCAAGAACUUCCAGCCAAGACGGAGCAUUGUGAUCAGUGGCUCGGUAGCUUUACAGGGCCAAACAAUAGUGGUGGUCUUGGUCAUGAGCCGUCAUCGGUUCAGGAGCACUGUGAUGCUAAAGUGUGGGAUGUUGGAUACUUGACUUGUUCGAAAAGUGAAGUUGACUUCUUGCCAACUAGCAGUAUGAUAGAAGAAGUUUUUGGAGAUGAUUCGAGUAAUUAUAAGGCAAGAGACGGGAAGAGCUUGAGCUAAUUGCCAGCUUGAACUCUCAUCAUGAAUGGUGAUUUGGAAUGGGAAAAAAAUUUCCUUUCUUUUUACCCUCCCGAGGGUGAAUCACCCAAAAAUUUUCUCCUGCAUAUAAAUAGCGAUAGGGAGAGAUGCAAUUUUCCUUUUUCAUCAAAGCUAAGAUGGAGCCACCUUCCCUGUAAGGAGAUGGUAUACUUGAAACGCAAUUGGUUUUCCUGCACCUUGUCUUCUCUUGAUCAUAAAUGAAAAGUAAUUGGACUCAUGAUGCCUCUCUUGUGCAAAAAAUUGUGAGUUUUUGCUCACCUAUUUUUUUAUUAGCUUAUCUCUGUAUAUACCCAUGAACAUGAAUUAUUGAUACAAAAUGCUUAGAAUAUGUGAAAUUUUCCCUACCAACUAAACUAAGUACUGUAUUCGUACGUUGUAAACUUUUGUCAUUGCUUGCAUAAAUGGUACGACUGCCAAAGGAUGCAGCCACAGUUGUGCAUCAUUGGCGCUUAGUGAACCAACCGUAAUCAUUUGCUUUCAUUACA